GAGAAGCCUUAUAAAGGGCAGCAGGAGGUCGAAGCUUCCUCCCACACACUAUGGUUUCCCCGAAGCACUUGUUCUUCCUCGUUCUUUUGAACGCGGUGAACGCGCAACAGUCGCCGGAAGUCCAGAGACGUAUUUCCGACGCAAUUAAGAAAGCCGCCAACCAAUCUAAUCCUGAUUAUACUGCGUUCGUCAACCCAUUCAUUGGGACUGACAAUGACGGCGACGUGUGUCCUGGUGCAUCUAUUCCAUUUGGCAUGGUGAAAUUCUCGACAGAUAUGACUGGUUACGCUCCCGCUGGUUAUGUUACUGAUCCCACACGCUUCAUCCGCGGGAUAAGUCCUCUGCACGAUAGUGGUACGGGUUCGUCUUUGGGAACGUAUGGGAACUUUGAAGUUAUGCCACUCGUGUGUCCCAACGGGUUCCAGACAUGCACAACCCGCCUCAAUGACCGACAAAGACAUCGGAAGCGCAAUACUGACGAUGCUUCCCCGGGCUAUUUUUCUCAGACUCUGGACAAUGACAUAAAGAUGGAAGCUACCUCCACCCGAAGAGCAGGCCUAGAAAGGUUUACUUUUCCCUCAAACUCCAAACCCUACUUCGUCAUAGAUCUUGCCAAUGACUUGCCCGUAUCGUUCGCCGGUGGAACACUGAACAUCGACCCUGUGAAGGGACGCAUUACAAUCGGAGGUUCAUACGGGUCUAGUUUCGGACCUGGACGUUAUAAUUACAACGCAUUCGCAUGUUAUGAUCUUCUUGAAGGAGGUAAGCAAGCCUUGGAUGAGUAUGGGGUAUGGACUGGAGACAACUUCGGUCUCGACGCCAAAGGUCUCGGUCAAACCCAUUUGAACCUUUCUCGUAAUCUUUUCGGAGGUGUCUACGAAUCUGGAGCUCUCUUUUCUUAUAAAGGGACUCCACAAACGAUCACCCUUCGAGUCGGAAUUUCGUUCAUUUCGACCGACCAAGCUUGUGCCAAUGCUGAAUCUGAAGUUGGAUCCUCAACGUUCGAGCAGAUUCUGGCACAGAGCAAGUCGUUGUGGAAUGAUAGGCUGAAGAAGAUCGAGCUUGACCUCGCGGGUACUCCGGCAAAUGUGACGGAGAUGUUCUAUUCAUCACUCUAUCGAGCGUCAUUGACACCGAACAACGCGACUGGCGAAGCACAGGCCGAGUUCUUUGGGACAAAGUCGUUCUAUUUUGAUUCUCUCUAUUGCAGCUGGGACACUUUCCGAACAUUCUUCCCACUAAUGUCACUUCACUCGCCGGUGGAGUUUGCCCAGAUAGUCGACACUUACAUCGACGGGUGGCGUAAACUAGGCUGGAUGCCUGAGUGCAGAGCCAACAACCUCCCUGGUUGGACUCAAGGAGGCUCAAGUGGAGACAACAUCGUAUCCCAUUUCGCAAUCUAUUACCAUAACGAAGCCGCACGUCUGGGUAUCGAUCUCAACGAGCUCUACUCUGCCUUGCUGGCAGACGGGGACAUCAAUCCCCCAGAAUGGAAUACGUUGGGUCGACAAGUCAAUGUUUACAAGCAAUUCGGUUUUGUCCCUUUCGCAGUUUUGGAUACCAGCAGUACUGGUCGUCAAACAAGGGAAGGCAGCAGGACGUUGGAAUAUGCAUUCGAAGACUUUGGUAUCCGUCAAGUCGCCCUUCUCCUUGGGAAGACGGACGAUGAGGCUCGAUAUACUAAUCGUUCACUGUUCUACAGAAAUGUCUGGGAUCCCUCGAUUGAGAGUGAUGGGUUCAAAGGGUUCAUGCAGAAACGGUUCUCGAAUGGAACUUUCUCUUUCCAGGACCCCAAGAAUUGCUCUCCGAAGGACAACAACGACUCCAGAGCUUGCUCGUUGCAAAGCAACAACGUGAACGGAUUUUAUGAAUCUUCGUCAUGGGAGUAUAGUUGGUAUGUUCCCCAUGACACCGGUCACUUGAUAGAGCUCAUGGGUGGCAAUGACACAUUCAUUUCGAGAUUGGACCAUUUCUUCGAUGCCGGAUAUUACCUCGCUGGAAAUGAGCCAUCCUUCCAGACCCCCAUCGGGUACCAUUAUGCCAAUCAACCCGCACGUUCGGUCGAUCGCGUUCGACAGGUUGUUUUCGAUAACUUUGAUAUCAUACCCGCGGGUCUACCGGGCAAUGACGACCAAGCCGCCAUGGGAAGCCUUCUUGCAUUCCACCUUCUCGGCCUCUACCCCGUUCCAUCAACUAGCCGUCUGCUCAUUCUCUCACCAUUCACGCCCAAAUACACGAUCCACAAUUCAUUCCUCAACUCUUCCACUACUGUCACUGUCAAAGGAUUUGAUCCCAAGUCAGUGCAGAGAACGAUUCCUCAAGGCGCGGCGGCUUAUGUUCAGAAUGUCACGGUUAACGGCAAACCGGUCGAAUCGAGAUGCCAUUUCGAUUUCUAUGAUGUAUUCAGGUUGGGAGGAGAGGUAGUGAUUGAGGUCACGGCAGACAAAGAUGCGGCGAACAACUGCGGUGGAUCUUUGCCGGAAAGUUUGUCUACUGGUGGAUUCGUUACAAUUCGUUGAAACGAGAAAAAGUAAAGUGUGUUACUUACACAUUCAUGUAAAUACCGACCGUGGAAGUACAGUUGACUACCUCAUACUCGUGCAUAAUGAUGCAUGAACUCAUACUCUUUCCGUUGAUUGCGGGGGACUUGUGCAUAUUCCAUUAUGUAGUACAUAUAUGACUCCGC